GCGCUGUACGUUUCCGUUAGCCGUGCUUGACAUUGUUUGUCAAGAUGGCUGCGGCCGUAACAUGCCGUCUGACUACUGCCCUCUGCAAACAGUUUCAACGCGUAGUUACGGUGUCUUCUUCACUUACACAGCCUCAAUAUGCAACUCAAACGCUUUCCAAAUUUCAGUCGUGCUGGCAAAGCACUCCCGUGUAUAGUCGAGCUCUCCACACAUCCUGUGUCAGAAAAGGUCUGGAGGAAUUUUUUGACCUCCCAGAGAACUGGGGUGAAUCAACAGUGAAAUCAGGUGCUCCAUGGACCGCCAAACAGCUUAGGACGAAAAGUAAUGAAGACUUACACAAACUAUGGUAUGUUCUCUUAAAAGAAAAGAACAUGUUACUCACUAUAGAACAGGAAGCGAAACGACAGCGUGUACAGAUGCCCAGUCCAGAGCGUAUCAAAAAGAUUGAAAGGUCAAUGAAACGUCUUGACACCAUUGUAAACGAACGAGAAGAUUCUCUCCGUUUACUGCAGACAGGACAAGAAAAAUCCAGACCGGGCUCAUGGCGAAAGAAUGUCUUUGGCAAAACAAUCUGGCACAAGUUUAGGGAAUACCCCAUCCCCUGGCACCUGAAUACAAGAUACAAAAGGAAGCGUUUUUAUGAACCAUUACAUGUUGCCCCAUACACAAGAUUGAGCCUUGAAAACUACCUGAAAAAUAAACUGUGCAAAGCAAGAAGGGAACGGGGAAACCAGAAAAAGCUUGCAGAAAUGUUCCCAAAGAAGACAGCACAUGCAUGAGACCACUAGAAAAAGCAAGGAUGCUUUGCAUUUAAUGUUGUCUUUUCAAUACAAUACUGAUUUAAACUUGUACAGUCAAAUAAUAAAUUCACACUUGUUCGUAAUCAA